AGGAUUCCAUUCACCCCAUGGUUGGGAACUAAUGAUUAGCUCUUUCUACAAGGAUUUUGGAUUUGCUCAUAAUGAUCAAAUUAUAUCUGGACUUGUUUCCACCUUUCCAGUAAUUUUCGAUACAAUUUUUAAAUAUUGGAUCUUCCGUUAUUUAAAUCGUGUAUCUCCGUCACUUAUAGUGAUUUAUCAUUCAAUGAAUGACUGAAAAAUGAUCCACCGAUCCAAUUAGAAUUUUGUUAUUUUGUCCAUAAGUAAAAUAAAAUAUUCAAAAUCUUACUUUUUUUUAUACACCUAUUUUUUCUAUACAUCCAAGAGAUUCGGAUUCCUCCUAUAUUUUAGUAUUUUAGUAAAACAUUUUCAGUAACUAGCAGCAUCGUGGAUAGGGAACUAUCCUAGCGACCUACCUAAUUUUAUUGUAGAAAUUUUCUGGAUCAACGACUGGACCAUGCAAACUAGAAAGACCCUCUCUUGGAUAAAGGAAGAGAUUACUCGCUCCAUUUCCGUAUCGCUCAUGAUAUAUAUAAUAACUGGGGCAUACAUUUCAAAUGCAUAUCCCAUUUUUGCACAGCAGGGUUAUGAAAAUCCGCGCGAAGCAACUGGUCGUAUUGUAUGCGCGAAUUGUCAUUUAGCUAAUAAGCCUGUGGGUAUUGAGGUUCCACAAGCGGUACUUCCUGAUAUUGUAUUUGAAGCAGUUGUUCGAAUUCCUUAUGAUAUGCAACUAAAACAAGUUCUUGCUAAUGGUAAAAAGGGAGCUUUGAAUGUGGGGGUUGUUCUUAUUUUACCUGAGGGGUUUGAAUUAGCCCCUCCUGAUCGUAUUUCGCCAGAGAUGAAAGAAAAGAUAGGUAAUCUCUCUUUUCAGAGUUAUCGCCCCGCUAAAAAAAAUAUUCUUGUUAUAGGUCCCGUUCCUAGUAAAAAAUAUAGUGAAAUCACCUUUCCUAUUCUUUCUCCGGACCCUGCUGCUAAGAAGGAUGCUCACUUCUUAAAAUAUCCCAUAUACGUAGGCGGGAACAGGGGAAGGGGUCAGAUUUAUCCCGACGGGAGCAAGAGUAACAAUACGGUUUAUAAUGCUACAGCAGCGGGUAUAGUAAGCAAAAUCAUACGAAAAGAAAAAGGGGGGUACGAAAUAACUAUAACAGAUGCGCCAGAGGGGCGUCAAGUGAUUGAUAGUAUCCCCCCAGGACCAGAACUUCUUGUUUCAGAAGGCGAAUCCAUCAAACUCGAUCAACCAUUAACAAGUAAUCCUAAUGUGGGCGGAUUUGGUCAGGGAGACGCAGAAAUAGUACUUUAAGACCCAUUACAUGUCCAAGGACUUUUGUUCUUCUUGGCAUCCGUUAUUUUGGCACAAAUCUUUUUGGUUCUUAAAAAGAAACAGUUUGAGAAGGUUCAAUUGUCCGAAAUGAAUUUCUAGAUUGCGAAUUUAUCAACAUCAAGUUCUUAUCUUUUCUUAAUUUCUUAAAAAGAACAAAAUUUUUGUUGGAAAUUCUGUAUGAUAAAAAAAAAUUGCGAAACAACUUUUGUUUUGCUUUUGUUUAUAUUUUUUUUAUACCGAAUUAGGAGAAUUACUUGUACCACAUUUCUAUAUUUAGUAUGUAUAUUGGUAAGAAGACUAUUUGACUUUAUCCCCUCUUUUCCAAUCUAAAUUGGAGUGGUGCGAUUAUGUCACUAUUCACAGAUUUAGCUGUGAUACAAUGUAUCCAUAGCUUUUUUCUAUUCUAAUAGAAUCAAAUUCGACUAAAUACUGAUACUAAGCAUAAGAUAACUAAGCGGAAAAGAAAA